CAAAAGCAGGAAGGGGGGGCUUGCGAGCACAAGUUGGUGGUGGAGGGGGUAGCUUGCGAAGGUGUCAUGGCUGCUGCCAUUGAGCUUAGUCUCUCGAGCAGUGGUGACAGGAGUCUGGAGCGGAGCUGCAGCCCCAAUCUCUCCCAAGAGGUGCUCUGCGAAAUCUUUCGCUCUCUGCAUAGCCUGGUGGGACAACUUAACCUCAGAGAUGAUGUGGUGAAAAUUACAAUCGAUUGGAACAAGCUCCAGAGCCUCUCAGCAUUCCAGCCCGCUUUGCUCUUUAGUGCACUUGAGCAACAUGUUUUAUAUUUACAGAUGGAAUUCUGUUCUUCUCAGCCUUUUUUAGCAAAGCUGCAGCCUCUGAUUAAAGAGGAGAAUACAACUGUUGUUGGAGAGAUAGAAAAAACAGAAACGGGGAACAAGAAUGAAGUAAAUGCCAAAUUUCCCAUUAGUGACCUACAAGAGGAAGAAAAGCACAAAGAUUGUGAUUUAGGAGAUGUGAAAAAGACACAGAUCCAUUAUGAUCCAGAAGUAGUUCAAAUAAAGGCUGGAAAAGCAGAAAUUGACAGACGAAUAUCUGCAUUUAUUGAAAGAAAGCAAGCCGAAAUCAAUGAAAACAACGUCAGGGAAUUUUGCAAUGUUAUUGAUUGUAAUCAAGAAAACAGCUGUGCAAGAACUGAUGCUGUUUUUACUCCUUACCCGGGAUUUAAAAGUCAUGUAAAAGUUUCUAGAGUUGUGAAUACAUAUGGACCACAGACGAGACCUGAAGGAAUUCAGGGGUCAGGUCAUAAACCUAACAGCUUGCUCCGAGAUUGUGGCAAUCAGGCUGUCGAAGAACGACUACAAAAUAUUGAGGCUCACUUGCGAUUGCAGACAGGUGGUCCAGUGCCAAGAGACAUUUAUCAGAGAAUUAAAAAACUUGAGGAUAAAAUCCUGGAACUGGAAGGAAUCUCUCCUGAAUAUUUCCAAUCUGUAAGCUUUUCUGGAAAAAGAAGAAAAGUUCAACCACCUCAAAACAGAUCCUCCUUCAAGACACAGUCUCGCCUGAUGUGAUCCAGUUUUAGAGGUGCAGCUAUAAGCGGCUGCUCCUCAAGUCUCCAACAGGUUGUUGUAAUCCCCAUCCUGCCUGAAUGACCUCCUCUGGGUGUAUCAGCACGUUUUACUACCACCACGCCAAAGAUACAAUAGGAAAGACGUCAUAAAAAUGAUCAAUUAGAAAAAGAGGUUGACUUAGAGGUAGGGAAAAAAAUCUAGAAAAAAGGAUCAAAUAGUGGUCACUAGUCUGCCCUUAAAUAAAUGUCCCCAGUCUGUUUCUUGACCCUCUUGGCAGUAGAAUAAAUUCCUAAAUCAUGCCUGACGGUCCCAGGAUCUGUCCAUUAGAAGGAUUUCCUUUUCCCAUCAUCCUUCAGACCUUCUGAAAGGCAUUAGAGUUGACCUCUCUCCACUUCAGUAAGUAUUGUCUGGGACCAGCAACCUUUCUACUUGAGUCAGAACCUCCAGAAGAGACUAGGACCAACACCAUAUUGUUGUGAGUUGGUAUAGGUGCCUUGUUCUUCUGAUAACUGCCCCAGAAUUUUAGUGAGCUUUCAGUCCUUGUCCUUGAGUAGUACAUCCUUGACUAAAAGGCAAUGCCAGGAAUUUCUGUGGGGUUAAGCCUGCUUCCUUGAUUACCAGGCUACCUAAUGACCAUUCCCUCAGGUUUUUUGUUAUUUUGGCUCUUCUUAGACCCAUUGUUCUUAAUGGCUUUGUCCUCAAGAGAAUAAAGGAGGCAAAGUGGAAAAAGGCUGCAGAACAGGAAGCACUUCUUCCAUAGUCUAGCCCUAAAAAUCCCUUCCCUCCACAGAUUACAUUCCAAUCUAAGGAAGCGAUUUACUAGGGGUCAGGAGUUAGCAUGGGUGAUAGUAAUCAACAUAUUUAUCCUGCAAAAAAGGGCUAGAUUUCACAGACUAUUGUAGCUACUGCUAGAUAUCUUCAAUUGCUAGGCUCCUGAGCCCUGAGCUUCUCCAAAUUCAUGAGGAGUAUCUGAACCUCGUCUUCAACAGUCUUAGUAGAAAAGACUUCCCUUUAUGAAACAGAUACAUAAGCCCUGUCUUUCCCUAUCUGCUUUUAGCCACACAACCUGGUAGAGAAGACUUUUCACCACUGCAUUUUAAUCACGUCCACAGGGAAUUAACCCAUUCCUACAUUUCGACAUUUGACAACUUUUAAAUCUGAAGCUUUGUCUUUACUGACAUGUGGUUUGGGGUCCCAAGAGAUUUGGGACAAUUGCUUAGCUACUGUGCUGUCUCUUACCUCCAUUCUACCAGUUUUCCAUGAAGAGGGAAUCCUUUCUGUCACUCCUAUCUUUGCACCACCCCUCUGCCUUGACUCCACAGUUAGUUCUUCCUUUUCACUCAGAGUCUGUUACUUGCAAUCCCAUUGCUAGCACUAAUUUCUGUUUUAGGGAUUUGUUGUUUUCAAAAAACAGAAACCCAACUCUAACUUAAGUAAAGGGGUGUUAUAAAGAAUAUGAGUAAUUAAAAUUGUAGGAAGUUCAGCCAGAUUUUGUCACUGUCUCCCCCUCACUGGGUCAUGUUGCCUGGAUUCUGAAUAUCCUUUUCAUUUUGCUUGACCUCUCUGAAAAUGUCUUCUUUUCUGCUGCUUUGCAGUCUAGUUUUGCGUAAGACUUUGAGGUCUGUGGUGCUGCUAUCUCUGAUCUAGCUCUUUGGCUCUGGUGUCCCAUAUUUAUUUAUUAUGAGUCAAAAUCUGAAAAAAGAAGAAUUUAUAUUCAAAACUGUCUACCCCUGCACCAAUUACCUGUGGCCUGAGUGUUAGGAUAUCCAAGAACAAAAAGAGGCGAGGCACGUGCACCCAGUCCUUUGAGGAAUGAGGGGAACUUCCGGCAAAGAAAGCAUGGGCCAAAACUCUGCCCCUGUGACCCAGGCUGAUGAAAAGUCCUGUGAUCCAAGGCUUUAUAAAGUUUUUAGUUCUCUAGGAAAUACUCCCCCACCUCCAUGACUUUAACUGAGAUACUACGUGGGUCCACUGAACAAAAUUUUAGCUCUGGGUUUCUUUUUUUGAGCAGUUCUAACUUUAUAAAGAUUGGUAUUUCAUGACUUUUAGUCUUAAUAUUCUCCAAUGAAUAAAGAGAAAAUGUGCUUUUAAAAACAGAAUAAAAUAUCCUUUAAUUCCCAUAUAGGUCCACUGGACCCUUUUAUAACUCUAAGAUACAUUAUGGGAUCUCAGUGAUUUAAUUCUUCCUACAUAUUUUCAAAUAUUUUAUUUCAUCAUCCCAGGAAUUAUUUAAUCAUUACUAAUCAAUUAUUUCCAACUAGACUUUAAAAGACUAAAAUAGUAAAGAAAUGGAAAAAUGAUGGAAUACCCUAGAAGAAGAAUGUAAUAGUAUGUAAUAGUAAAAUAAAUGAUCAUCCUUCAGUUUUCAUAUAGCAUCGCCCAAAGUAUUGCAUUAUAUUUCAAGAAGAUAUAAAAAUUUGGAGAGACACCAUCUUUAGAAUUUAUUGUUUUGGGGUUUUUUUUAAGGCUUUUCGUUGAUUAUAGUUAAUACUUUAGAAUUCUUUGUUUUGAUACAGUGGCGAGUAGAAGGAAAUUAACAGAAGAAUUUCUACAGUUAUUAAAGGAAUCAAAAAGUAAAUGCAAAGAGACAGAGGGCAGUACUUGACACCCUAAUAAUGCUGAUGAGAUUGGCAUGCAAGCAAAAUCUCAGACUAUGAAGUCUAGGUUGUAUACUCUAUUUUUUUUUAAUUAUUUUUAUCAUAUUUUUAGUACAUUCACAGACUGUAUAUUUUAAAUCAUUUUCUCAAACUUAAAAAUGGAUGAGUGAACCAUAUAUUUCUAAGAACAGUUAGAAAAUCUGGUAUUCUUAUCUACUUAUUCAACAGGAUGGGCUUCAUCAUGCAAAUUUUACAAGGACCUGGACCAUCUAAUUUUGCUAAAUGGGCGGUGUGGCUAUAUUCUUUCACUUUUUAUGAUGUUUAUGCACCAAAAUUUACUUGAUACAAUUCUUUUUUUUUUUAAAGGAAUGUUUAUUUAUUUUUAAAAGAUUUUAUUUAUUUAUUUGACAGAUAGAGAUCACAAGUAGGCAGAGAGGCAGGCAGAGAGAGAGGAGGAAGCAGGCUCCCCGCCUAGCAGAGAACCCAAUGCAGGGCUCGAUCCCAAAACCCUGAGAUCAUGACCUGAGCCGAAGGCAGAGGCUCAACCCACUGAGCCACCCAGGGGCCCCUACUUGAUACAAUUCUUAAGUUGAAAAAUGCUGAAGACAGCUAUGUAUACAAAGGUGACUGAAAGGAAACAAGUGAUGUGGAAAUGAAAAUAUUACUGGACUAGUCAGUGACAAUGCUUAUAAAUCUAAAAAUUAAAAUGUUUUGAAGAAAUUGCCAUCCUUCUUCAACAAAAUCAUGUCAUCAGUUUUGCAUUUUCAUGAUGCAAGUGUAAGAAGAACCAGCAGUAUAAAUAAGCUUGAACCUAAUAAAAAUGUAUUUGAAAUCUGGAGUUACUAUUUAUAAGCUGGAUAUGUUCCAGGUUCACACAUGGCAAGUGAUGAGUGGUUGGUCACAUUCAACUGACAUUGUCUAUAUAUAUAUUUCAUUUCACAUAUACAUACACCUCUAAAAUAUGUGUGUGUGUGUGUGUGUGUGUGUGUGUAUAUAUAUAUAUGUGUGUAUAUAUAUAAUAUAUAUGUAUGUAUAUAUGUAUCUUCAAAGCCAAAAUAUAUGAAAUAAAAAUUGUGUUUACAGCUUAAAUUCUUAUUAAAGUUUCUAAUUGAACUACCCCCUUA